AUGAGAGCUGCUCCAGUUGCGACGGAGGAGACUCCGGCGGGCGCGGGAACGGGCGCCGGGCCCGUGAACGCGCUGUCUGCGCGGUGGGAAGAGCAGCGGCAGUCUGGGCGCGACCGCUGGGGGUGCGGGCUGCUGUCCGACGUCGGCGCGACAUCGCUCGAAUGGGAGAAACGCGUGGAAGCCGUCGAGCAGGAGAAAACGGAGCAAGCCGACGACGAGGACAUCGAGCCGAAGCCGCGGCCGAAGAACAUCCCCACCGUGGUGUCCCCGAACGCGUACAAGAAGCGGCUCGAGGAGGAGGCGGCGCGUCUCGCGGAGGCCCGGGGCAGGGAGAAGGAGCAGGCGGCAAAGCAACAGGGGGGGAGUCUCGCCGAUCCUCCGGGCUCGCAGGACGACAACAGCCCCCGCGCUCCGGGCACCGAGGGCGCGGGCGGGGACGCUGGCGACGGCAAGGGCGCUGGCGCCGCCGGAGGGCCGUCAAGCACCAAGGGUGUUGUCGGGGACGGUGCGGGGGACGCGGGGGCGGGGAGGCCGACGGAGGCGUCCAGGGGCGCGGCGGAGGGCGGCGCGGAAGGGCAGGCGCGCGCAGGCGGGGCGGUGGACGCGGGCGGGGCGGAGGGGUCGGGCACGCGCCCGGCCGACGAAGGGGCGGGCGGGCCAAGAGCGUCCGACCAGAGGGGGGGUGUCUCCGAGGGCGCGGUGGCGCCCACGGCGGACGUGGACCUCCGGGAGCGCAUCAAUUACGCGUCGAAGAGCAACGGCGCGAAGGUGCUGGCGUACAACCCUGAAGUGAAGAAUGCGGGUUCGCUGUUGUCGGAAGACAGCAAUUCCUAUCUCCUGAGCCCCUGCUCGGCUCCCGAGCGGUGGGUCAUGGUCGAGCUGACGCAGGAGGUGUCGCUCGACACGAUCGUCCUCGAAGACCACGAGAUGCACUCGAGUCGAGUGAAGGACUUUGAAGUCUACGGACGGCAGUCGCGGCCCACGGUGCGGCAGAGCCGCGGGCCGCUGCCGGACCUCUCGGGGUGGGUCCUGCUCGGGCAGUUCCGCGCGAAGAACAUGCACUCGCGCCCGCAGAACUUCGCGGUGUCGGGCCACGCGUGGGUCAAGUUUCUACUCGUGCGCUUUUUGAAUCACUACGGCAACGAAGUCAACUGCUGCCUGUCGUCGCUCAAGGCGUACGGCGUCGGAGAGUACGAGAACCUGCAGCAGGAGCUCGACCUCGCUGAGCGCGAGAUGGAGGAUCUCCGAUCUGCCUUCUCUGGGGAGCGGAAAGAAGAGACCCCCAAAACCCCGGAGGCGCCAGCACAGCAACCGCCCGAGCCCGUCACCGCGCCCCACGUGCGCUCGGAGUCCACGCCGCCCGUGCCGCCGCCGGCAGAUACCGUCCCGAUCGACCCGAACGCCGCAGCGACAGACGCGCAACUGUUAGGCGCAGCCGGCGACGCGCCAAGCGCCGCCGACGGCGACCAAACCCCCUCUGCCCCGAGCGAGGGCCAGCAGCGGCGCGAGGGCGCGCCGGACGGCGAUGGAAAGAGCGGGACGCAGCAGGUGGGGGCCGAGCGGGUGGAUGUGAAGGCGGCGGAGGGUACUUCGCGCCAGACGGGCACGGACGGGGGCGAUGGCGCUGACGGCGGCCGGGGAGGCGAGGAGUAUACGCGGCCUGCCGACCCGGCGGUGUCGGAGGGGGCGGACGUCGCAGCUGAGAAGUCGAGGGGGGGCGACGGUGCGUCUGCGCGCGCGCAAGGCGUGCCGGACGGUGGGCGCGCGGACGAGGACGCCGACGACGCUGGAAAGCAGAGCGCGGCGCAGCCGGAGGCGGCGAAGCGGCAGGAGGGAGCGGAGGAGGCGGCUGCGCCGCCGCCGCGGCAGGGCAACGCCACACGCGUCACAGGAAGUGCGCCGGGCGACGCUGGCGCCGCGGCGCGCGGGAACGCGACUGCGGACGCGGCGGCGGAGCAGGGCGCGGUGCAGGCGUCGGAGAGGAACCGCACGGCCGCGGACGGGGCGAUGACGGGCGGGGGGGCGCGGGCGGACGAGGUGGCGCGCGCUGCGAGCGCCGCGGCGCGGACCGCGGGCGACGCGGCGAAGGGCAAGGCGGAGAACCGCACGGAGGCCGCGGCGGGGUCCGCGACGGCCGGGUCGGCGCAGCUGGGGUCCCCGGGGGGGGCGCCCACGUCGGAGAACGUCUACAUCAAGCUCGUGAAGAAAGUCAAGGAUUUGGAGCGCUCGCAGCUCGUGUUUGAGCGGCUGAUCGUCGAGCUGACGGCCAACUACACGGAGCUCUUCCAGGAUCUGUACUCGGACCUGGAGGGCAACGUGGAGGCGAUGCGGAAGCUGCAGCGCAAGGCCAACGGGAUCUCGGAGGCCGUGAACGUCACGCGGAGGAAGGCCGAGGCUGACGUGGCACUCCUGACUCAGGAACUCGCGCAGAUCCGCUCGAUGCUCGUCGCGCAGCAGGCCAGCUCGCGGGUGAGCACAGUUGUCGCGAUCCUCCUCGCCUUCGCGUGCGUCGCGCUCGCGUGGCCGCGCCUGCGGAAGCGAAGUGCCCCGGGGGACUCUCGUUUCGCCCCACACGAUGUCAGCAACGGCGGGGCCGCCGCCGACGCGCCCGGCAUCGUCGGAGACAACGUGCCGUCUCCCAAGUCGCCCCGGAGCCCCCGGAAACUCGUCCCGGCGCUGCUCAUCGGCGCGGCCGGGCUGUCUGUCAGCGCGGCCGUGUUUGAGACAGCGACCGUGCGGGCGGCGUGGCACGCGCUCGCCGGGUUCCCCGCUGUUCCUGGACCGUGA